AUGACUGGACGAGCAAAGUUAAUCUCUGCGUUCGUCUGCCCGUUCGGCCAUUUUCAAUGGCUCAGAAUGCCUUUUGGAUUGAAGAAUGCACCGUUAAUUUAUCAUAGCAUCAUCAAUAACGGCCUGUGGGGAUUCGUCCGCCUGCCUCCGCUACCUCCUGAAGAGGAAGCGAUGGUUGACUCAGAAGUGUUGGAGUUCCUGAAUCUCGAGCUUCAAGAGGCUCUGAAACCUGAAGUACAUAUGCAGGACUCAGGGAUUCCUUCAUUAGACAUGACUGUAUUCCGACGCAAUAUUCCGGCUCCGUCACAAAUGGGUCCGGUCUGGGGAAGAAGUUCGUAUAUUGACGAUAUCGCUCAUGGGGCUUCGACCUGGGACCAACUAUGUGAGGACCUGGAUGCGUUGUUAUACAGACUACGAUACUGGAAUAUCUCUGUGAGUUUACCGAAAAUGAGUGCUGACGGAAUUAGGGCCUUGCCGAAGAUUGUCAAAUGCAUAGAGGACUUACCUUUCCCGUCAACGUACAAGGGAGUGCAGUCUUGUUUAGGAAAUAUGAAUUAUUACAACAAGUUUAUUGAAGACUUACCAGUAGUUACCGCUGUGCUCUACGAACUAGACGAAGAACGUGUACGUGCUGGACGGAACCUGGAAGCCGCAAAGGAGUCUUUCGAGAUACUGAAACGGAAGAUCGUGUCGACCCCGCUGUUGCGACAUCCAGACAGAACCAAGCCUUUUGUGAUAAUCCCGCAUGCUAACCCGUGGGCGGCGUGUGCGGUUUUGAGUCAGGAGCACGAAGGACUCAUACAUCCAGUGCGAUUUACUGGCAGAGUGUUGAAGGAAUCAGAGCUACGUUACCACAUAGCUGAGAAGGAAGUGCUCGCAAUCUUGCGGACUCUGGAGGUUUUCAGACCUCUGAUUCAUGGAUCAGAAUUCCCAGUUGUGGUAUCUACGCGCUACUCUGUACUAAAGUGGUUAAUACAAUCCAACACUGCAGAUGGACGACAUCUGAAGGGGAGGGGGCUGGAACUAUCAAGAUGGACACUGGAAAUCCAUCGGACUCAGAAAGAUGAGGACGGUCUUGCGGCGAUCGUUGGGUCUGGUAUUACCCCCAGGGAACAUUUAGAUGAAGUUGCAGAAACCCUGAUUCCCGCCAAGGGGCCUCUGAAAGUGAUGCCGCCAGUAAGCCUGGAAAUGUUGGAAGCAGACUACCAAGGCUACGUUCUUAGUUUUGAUGGCGCUGCGAUGGUUUCUACUCGUCGAGGAAGUUGUGGAUGCAUACUGUGGAAGUUGCCAGGGUGGCAGGUUGUGAAAGCCGAAAGACACAUCCUUGAAGGUGUGACGGUCAACGAUGUUGAAUACCAUGGCUUGAUUCUGGGACUAGAGUUCACUAUGAAGUACGAUGUCAAGGAGCUUGUGGCAGUCGGUGAUUCCCGAAUCGUCGUCCAACUGAUUCAUGGUCUGAUCAAUUGCAACCAGCCCAACCUGCAACGACGCUUAGCUGAGUAUGAGGAUCUCAGGAAGAAUUUUGUGUCGGUUAAAUUGAUUCAUGUUAAACGUGAAUUUAACCAAGCAGCCGACUACCUGACCUCUAAGACCCUCAAUCCUGGGAGCUCGAUGACCCUUGAUGAGAUAGUGCAUCUACGUCUCGUAUCCAGAAUCCCUGAAAAGGUCACGAAGCCUUCAGAAAUUCCAGAUAUCCCUGUGACCGAUGCAGCUCGCUCGGACCAAGUCAAACUCGGAGUGGAUAGCCCUGAUGCCGGAAUACCAGAGUCUCUAGCUACCGCGGCUGAGGCAUUGAUGGUGAUGACGAGGUCACGAACGGAAACGGGCGUAGGGUCUCGGACUCCAGUAGAGGCCGGUAUCCUAGCGUCGCACGAGGUCUCUGAAUCUAGCGAAGACCUUGCUCAUGAAACGGGGAUCCUGAUCAUGCCUGAUCAUUGA